UUCGGCCCCUCACCGAGGCGGUUGCAGGGAGCGGAGUCCACCUACCUUGUACGUGCUGCGUGUGUUUUUUGUUUUUUGUUUUUUGUUUUUUGCAGCUGCCGCCAGGCGCGCAGUCCCGCGUCCCGCCACCCACCCCUGGCGCGCCCGGCCGCCCGCACCCCCAGACGGAGGAAGAGGCCACGAGCCAAGAAAUGCAGGCACCUCUAGAAGCUGGAAGAGGCACAGAAACACAUUCUCUCCGAGAGCUUCCAGAAGGAUCGCAGCAGCCCUGCCGACACACCGACGUUAGCCUGUCGAGAUCCGUUUCAGACUUCUGACCCUCAGAACUGAUGUGGUCUGGCCUGAAUGAGUGGCUGUGGCAGGACAGGUUCUGGCUACCACCGAACAGCUCAUGGGCUGACCUGGAGGACCGAGAUGGCCUGGUCUACGCCCACCCCCAGGACAUGCUGGUGGCCCUGCCCCUGGCACUGGCCCUGGUGGCCAUACGCUUCAUCUUUGAGAGACUCGUCGGCCUGCCCCUGAGCCGGUGGCUGGGUGUGCGGGAUCGGGCCAGGAAGCCAGUGAAACCCAACGCCACGCUGGAGAAACACUUCCUGACGCAGAGAUGGAAAACCAAGGAGGCUCAGAUGGCUGUCCUGGCUGCCCAGUGCGGUCUCACGCUAAAGCAGACCCAACACUGGUUCCGGAGACGUCAGAACCAGGACCGGCCUUGCCUGACCAAGAAGUUCUGUGAGGCCAGCUGGAGGUUUGUCUUCUAUCUGUGUUCCUUCUUUGGUGGCCUCUCGGUCCUCUACCACGAGUCCUGGCUGUGGAAGCCGGCAAUGUGCUGGGACAAUUACCCAAACCAGCCCCUGAAGCCAGCUCUGUACUGCUGGUACCUCCUGGAGCUGAGCUUCUACAUCUCGCUGCUGAUGACGCUGCCCUUCGACGUCCGGCGCAAGGAUUUCAAGGAGCAGGUGGCACACCACGUGGUGACCAUCACCCUCAUCACCUUCUCCUACAGCGCCAACCUGCUGCGCAUCGGCUCUCUGGUGCUGCUGCUGCACGACUCUGCGGACUACCUGUUGGAGGCCGGUAAGAUGUUCAACUAUGCACAGCAGCAGCGAGUGUGCAACUCUCUCUUCAUCGUCUUCUCCAUGAUCUUCUUCUACACUCGCCUCGUGCUCUUCCCCACCCAGAUCCUCUACACCACGUACUACGAUUCCAUCGCCAACUCCGGUCCCUUCUUUGGCUAUUACUUCUUCAACUCGCUGCUGACGCUGCUGCAGCUGCUGCACGUGUUUUGGUCUUUCCUCGUCCUUCGCAUGCUCCACAGCUUCACAAAGAAAGGCCAGCUAGAGAAUGACAUUCGCAGCGACAUGGAGGAGUCAGACUCCAGCGAAGGGGAGGCAGCCCAGGAGUGUCUGCGGCUGAAGAACGGGGCAGCUCCGGGGUCCGGGGCAGCCCCUGCUGAUGGCCCUCGGAGCCGGGCAGCCAGGCAGCUGCCCAAUGGGCACAUGUCAGCCACGUAGCUGGCCAAGGAUUGGCUGUGAGGGGCCGCCCCCAGCGCCUUGGAUUUGUGGGGAGGCUGGACCGGCGGCCCUUGGCCCAGGCCGUGGGGAAGGCUGAUGAUCUGUCUCCAGCUCCUACCUUCUGCCCACCCUCUCUCCUUCCCUUGGGCCAGUGGACAGAGCUGGGGCAGUGGGCAGCAGCAGGGUGCUGCGCCUCGCCAGAGCUACCUCCAGGUUGCAUCCUGGGAACUGUUAAGAGCCCCAGGCUGAAAGGGGUCCAAUAAAACUUGAAUGGAGCCACA